AUGCUGACCACUAGUCAUUUCACAGCUGGUGGUUACUGCUACUAUGAGAACAAAAGUGGUCAUUCAGCUAUGACAACAGAGACGAUCCUUCCCCCAAACAUUACCAAUGCACCCCAGGCUGGCCAGGAGGCACCUGGUAGUAUUUUCAUCCAACCACCAGGGACAGUACAAUAUAUAUCAUUUGAAGGUUAUCAACUUGGAAACCCUGGCAACCCAGUUCAGCAGCAAGGCAACCCAUCUCAGCAGCAACGCAACCCACUAGAGAAACUUCUCAAAGUGGAGACUAAGACUCUGGGGGCCAUACAAAUCAUGAUUGGACUGAUGCACAUUGGCCUGGGAUGUAUCGCAAUAUCAAUAUUAAUGUCAGGAUUCCAUUAUAUUCCUUUCGGUGCAACAUCAGGCUAUCCAUUCUGGGGUGGACUAUUUUUUAUUAGUUCAGGAUCCCUUGCUGUGAGCUCCGAGAAAUACCUCAAUGGUUCUUUGGUGAGAUGCAGUGUAGGAAUGAACAUCAUGAGUGCUGUAAUAGCAUUAACUGGAAUCAUGCUUUAUAUAGCAGAACUCGUUGUAACUACUACAUAUUCUUAUUAUUACAAUCCUUACGAUUCUCAUCCUUCUUAUUAUUAUUAUUAUUUCUCACGGGCUGGACCUGUUACUGUUGAAGUCCUAUUCCUCUUGUUCAGUUUGCUGGAGUUCUGCAUCAAUGUAUCAACAGCACAUUUUGGAUGCCAGGCAGCCUGUUCCACUAGUGAACCAGUUACAGUUUUGGUGCCUUAUGCUGCCAACUUUCCAAGAGUGGCUCCUUCUGAAAGCAAUCCGAUGCCUCCAAACUAUCAUGACAUAGCUCAUCCUCCCAAGAUAGAGACACAGUGAUGAAGACCUCAAGAGAUAUUGUAGAUUGUUAUCUACACUAUAGACAUAAUGCAGUAUGUCACCAAUUUAUCUGCCAUGGCUCAAUGCUAUGGAAUCCUGGGAGAUACAGUUUGGUGAGACACCAGCACGCUUUGGCAGAAAUGGCUGAAGAUCUUAAUAAAAUUAUAACUCCCAUGAUUCCAUAGCAUCAAGUCAUGGCAGUUAAAGUGGUAUCAAACUGCAUUAAUUCUACAAUAUGGAUGCAUCCUUUAGGGUGGAAUGGAGUGCGAGGGUCAUCUAGUAUGUGAGUUACACAAGAAUUUUUGCUGAAUAGAAACUAGGAUGUCCAAAAAUAGAAUGCAACCUUGAGAAUUAGUCUAGACAGAAGAUGAACUGCUGCUUAACUAGAUAAUGCUUUGAAUGCUUAUGCACAUGCUUACGAAGCUAAUGAAUAUUCACUUUUAUGCCUAAAUGGGGUUUAGUAGCCAUUUUCUGUAUAUGGGUCUUAUGUGCGUGGGGGGACACAAAAGGGGGAACAUACAAAGGUGUAUCGGAAGAAUGGGACUUCAGGAUACCUUACCAAUGAGGAAAUGAGAGAGAGAUCUUGUGGCCGAGAAUCUAUAUAAAUAAAAAUGUAAUGUUCGUUUGUGGGAUUACCAUAACUCAAAAACCACUGGAUGAAUUGACACCAAAUUUGGACUCAAGACACCUAUAAGGCCAACAAGUGGUGACCAUCACUCAAAAAAACCCAAACAAACCUGAUUUUGUCAUUUGGGAGUUGUAGUUGCUGGGAUUUAUAGUUAACCUACAAUCAAAGAGCAUUCUGAACUCCACCAAUGAUGGUAUAGAACCAAACGUGGCACACAGGACUCCCAUGACCAACAGAAAAUACUGGAAGGGUUUGGUGGGCAUUGACCUUGAGUUUGGGAGUUGUAGUUCACCUACAUCCAGAGAGCACUGUAGAAUCAAGCAAUGAUGGAUGUGGACCAAACUUGGCACAAAUAUUCCAUAUGCCCAAAUAUGAUCACAGUUGGAAUUUGUGGGAAAUAGAUCUUGACAUUAGGGAGUUGUAUUUACUGGGAUUUACAGUUCACCUACAAUCAAAGAGCAUUCUGAACCCCACCAACGACAGAAUUGGGGCAAACUUCCCACACAGAACCCCCAUGACCAACAGAAAAUACUUAAGGCCAACUCCCUUCUCCAGGGCAAGAAAACAUAAUCAAAGCCCUCCUGACAAAGAGCCAUCCGGUCAUAGAUAUAGAUAGA